GGCAGCGGGGCCGGAGCCGCGGCGGGGCCUGGGGGCACCGGACGAGGCUUUGCGGGAGCCGGCGCCGCGCUGCGCACGGGAAACACGCUGCCAGCCCUGAGCCGGGCCUGGAGCCCAGCGGCGCUGCUGCCUCUGCUCUCCGUGGGGCCCGGCGGAGAGGGGCCGGGCGCUGGCCCCGAGCUGCGCCCGUGUGAGUUGCCAGCGCGUUUCGCCGGACUGGGGGCGGGCGGCGGGGAGGAGGGAGCUGCCGAGCCGCAGCCGCCCAGCUGCGCCGGCGAAACCGGGCAAACCUGCGGACAGGUCUCCGGAGUGUCAGUGGCUUCAGCGGAGCUUCAGGGCGCGCUGAGCCCACGCAGCAGCAGGCCUUGCCUGGGCAGCCCCGCCACACCCGGCCCGGCCUCUUCCUCGGCCUGCGGAGAUGAGGCAGAGCUGCUGCGGCAGGACGCGGCGAGCACCUACCCUGCGCGUCCGCCCGGGAAGCGGCUGGGGGGCGAAGGGGACUCGGCGGAGGCAGCAGAAGCUGCGGGCGCCGGGUGCUGGGCAGAUCUGGCCGCUGUUGCACAUGCAGAGAAAAGGAGGGGAGCACGCGGCAGGCAGCGACCCGCGGGCUUUGGUCCUUAAACCUGUUAAAGUGCAGGCAACGGCACGGAGGAGCAGCCAAGCACAGAUGGGCUCAGCCUGGGCCAGGGCAAGGAGCAGGGCCCCAACACGGGCAGCACUGGAGGGUGCCAACGUUGGAGGAAACGUCUGGUACAGAGGAGAUGCUGAUGCUGCCUUGCUUGUGUUCACGUGCCCCAGGAGAUCUCAGAGGACCACUCACCCCACUUCUGUCCUCAGGAAUCGGACCCAGAGAGGCCCUUGACAUCGACAGCCCCUGGGGAAAGAAGGCCAGGCUCCCUGCUUUUGGCCUCCCUGCUGCUUGAAGCUCCUUGUUGGGGACUACCCUGCCCGUGCCUUCCUUGGAAAACAGAUCAGGUGAUGGACACCCAGCUUGGUUACAGCUGCAGGCCAUUUCAGCUCCAGCUAUGAAGCGUUCCUGCUAAUAGUCCUUCGUGUUACAGCUGCAGGCGAGCUUGGCUUUCCCUAACAGAGGCUACGGACAGGCGAUGCUGCCCUGUUCAGCUGUGCUGCGAGCUCAGGCUGGGCUGAUAGACUUUAGGGCUUCUUACAGCUCCAGCUAACGGACACUCCAGCUGUGGGGCAGCUUCAGCACUCAGGUGCUCUGAAUAAGAGAUGUUCCUGCUUCUUGCAGCUCCUGCUGACACACUCUCCAGCAUGUUACUGCUCAGAGUAUUUGAAGUCCCAGCAGAAAACAUUGAGAAACAUCGAUCAACUUCUUUUAAUUAACAACACUUCCAUUGAAGAAAAUGAACUCACUCUUUUAUCUUCAGAGGAAUACGACUUGUUUAACCUUUGUACAAGGUACUGAGUCAUCAGAACAGUUUGGAAGCAUAUAUUCUUCUGCUGUCCAGGCUAUCCAACAAUCUCAAAUAAACACGCCAUUUCAGCAGACACUACUGCAGUGCCCUGGUUCACAGUCAAACAGGUGGCUUCUCAACUGUGUUUCUGGUACGUACCCACGGCGGGAUACGUUGUGCACUGAAGCGAAUGUAUGUUAAUAAUAUGCCGGAUCUCAACAUAUGCAAGAGAGAAAUUACAAUUAUGAAAGAGUUGUCUGGGCACAAGAACAUUGUGAGCUAUUUGGAUUGUGCUGUUAACUCGAUAAGUGAUAAUGUUUGGGAGGUACUCAUUCUCAUGGAGUACUGUCGAGCUGGACAAGUUGUGAAUCAGAUGAAUCAGCGUCUGCAGACAGGCUUUACUGAGUCAGAAGUGAUGAGAAUAUUUUGUGAUACCUGUGAAGCUGUUGCCCGAUUGCAUCAGUGCAAAACACCUAUAGUUCACCGGGAUCUGAAGGUGGAGAAUAUAUUGUUAAAUGAUAACGGGAACUAUGUUCUCUGUGAUUUUGGCAGUGCUACUAACAAAUACCUUAAUCCUCAAAAAGAUGGUGUUAAUGUGGUUGAAGAGGAAAUUAAAAAGUAUACAACACUCUCAUACAGAGCUCCCGAAAUGAUCAAUCUUUAUGGAGGAAAGCCAAUUACUACGAAGGCAGAUAUCUGGGCACUUGGCUGCUUGCUGUAUAAACUUUGUUUCUUUUCACUUCCCUUUGGAGAAAGUCAAGUUGCUAUUUGUGAUGGAAGCUUUACCAUUCCGGACAAUUCCCGAUACUCUCAUAGUAUACACUGUUUGAUACGGUAUAUGCUUGAACCAGAUCAAGAACAGAGGCCCGAUAUCUUCCAAGUAUCUUACUUUGCCUUUAAACUUGCCAAAAAGGAUUGUCCAGUGUCUAAUAUUAAUAAUUCUCCUGUCCCUUCAACUCUUCCUGAACCCAUGACAGCUAGUGAGGCAGCCGCUAGAAAGAGCCAAAUAAAAGCAAGAAUAACAGAUACUGUUGGACCAACAGAAACCUCAAUUGCACCGCGACAAAGACCAAAGGCCAAUUCAAGCACUACCACUUCGAGUGUGCUGACAAUCCCAAGCUCAGCAACUCCAGUCAAAGUACAAGUUCCUGGUGAAUUUGGUAAUCAUGGGCAAAAAGGAACCAUGCGACCAGGGAAUGGACAAGAAAUCUUACAGUCCCAAGGGACCACCCAGCACCCCCCGCAGCAGAACAGAGUUCUCCAGCAGCUGCAGCAGGGCGACUGGAGACUGCAGCAGCUACACCACUUACACCAGCAGCAGCAGCAACCUGCGGUUCAGGAUGCUUAUGUGCAGCAGUAUCAACAAGCAAUGCACCAGCAGAUGGUCCAACAGCAGCUGUUGAUGCAAUCUGUGUACCAGCAUCGGCCUUCCCAAUCUCAGUAUCCUGCUAUGGUGCAGCAAUAUCAACAGGCUCUCCUGCAGCAGCAGAUGCUUGCUCAGCAGCAACAACAACGAUCGCAACAGGCACAGUCUCCUGAAUAUAUCACUUCUCCACAAGAUUUCUCACCAGCCUUAAUCACCUACCCUGGGGCACUGCCAGCGCAUGCUGGAACAGUGGCAAAUUCUCCCUACCCUGCAAGCAGGUCAGGUAUUCCUGAUGCUGAAGCAAUUGCCAAUUACCCAAAGCAGAACAUCAAUAACCCACCUGAUAUGUCAGGCUGGAACCCAUUCGGAGAGGACAAUUUUUCCAAGCUGACAGAGGAGGAGCUGCUGGACAGAGAAUUUGACCUGCUAAGAUCAAACAGGCUGGUGGACAGGAGAGCAUCUUCAGAUAAGAAUGUGGAGCCACUUUCUGCUCCACAGAAAAGUCCUCCUGAAGAUCCUUUUGGUUCUGUUCCUUUCAUUUCUCACCCAGGUUCCCCCAGAAAACAAGCGGAUAAUUUGACCAGCAAUCAAGGAAAUAACUUAGGGACCCCAACCAAGGCUGGAAAACUGAGCCAUGCUUUUAGAGAUCCUCGUCCGGGGAGGAAGACUGCAGAGGGACAGGUGACAAAAGGUGGCGAUGAGUCGGAGAGUGAUUUUGAAUCUGAUCCUCCUUCUCCCAAGAGCAGCGAGGAAGAAGAAGAACAGGAGGAUGAAGAAGUCCUGCAAGGUGAGAAUGGAGACUUCAAUGAUGACAAUGAUACAGAACCGGAGAAUUUAGGCCACCGACCUCUCCUCAUGGACUCAGAGGAAGAGGUGGAGGAAGAGGAGGAAGAGAAGCAAAGUUCUGACUCCGAUUCUGAUCGUAUGAAGCAAAAAUGUGUGGAAGGGCUCUUGGACAGUAGGUUCAGAGAUGGAGUGGGCAACAGUGAAGUUAAAGAACCCAGUUCAUUGCAUACAGCCUUAUCUGAGGGGGCAAGUACCCUAAUCAAGGUGAACCCUGGCCAAGAAUUUGAUAUAUUUGGGGCAGUGCCCUUUUCUAUUCUGCAGCCUCAGGCAAGAGAGAAGAUGGACAAAGAUGUCUCUUCUCAGGCAGCUUUUCCCAGCCUGAAUCAAGAGCAAGAUGACUUUGAUGUUUUCACGAAAGCCCCCUUCAGCAAAAAGAUGUCUCAGCAAGAUGGUCAGGUGGCGGGAACUGAACCUCUGCUCUCCCCCACCUCUCCACGGAGUGUUGACAUUUUUGGUUGCACCCCGUUUCAACCUUCCCUUCUCCCCAAGACCGGUGCGAGCAAAGAGGACCUGUUUGGGCUGAUUCCUUUUGAAGAGAUCACAGGGAGUCAGCAGCAGAAGGUGAAGCAGCAGCGUAACCUGCAGAAACUUUCUUCCCGCCAGAGGCGCAUGAAGCAGGAGGUCUCCAAGAACAACGGGAAGCGCCACCACGGCACCCCGACCACCACGAAGAAGGCCCUGAAACCCAGCUACCGCACCCCCGAGAGAGCCCGCAGGCACAAGAAGACGGGCCGCAGGGACUCGCAGAGCAGCAACGAGUUCCUGACCAUCUCGGACUCCAAAGAGAACAUCAGCGUUGCGCUGACUGACAGCAAAGAUCGAAGCAACGCUCUGCAGACAGAUGAGGGUCUGCUGGAUCCUUUCGGAGCCAAACCCUUCCACCCGCCGGACUUGAUGCGGCAUCCCCAGCAUCAAGGGCUUGGCGACAACCGUGGGGAUCACGGCACGGUAGUGGUGGCUGGUAGGCCCAGGCAGAGCUCCUUGCACGGAGCCGUUCAUAGCGGUGACGGGCUGAAAACAGAUGACUUCGGUGCAGUGCCCUUCACAGAACUGGUUGUGCAGAGCGCACAGAGCCAGCAGCCACAGGCACUAGAGUUAGAUCCCUUUGGAGCAGCUCCUUUUCCUUCCAAACAGUAAAUGCUUCCAGUGGGUUCUCCCUCUCCACCCCUCUGAGUUAUGUAACAGAGGCUUUAGUCGGUGGGGUAAUUUAUCUGGUUGAAUUGACAGGGACCUUGGUGGUACACUUUGUUGGAGGUGAAGGAGGCAUGGCCAGCUUGCACCAUGACAUUACAAUGAUGGCAAAUUUUUGUUGUUUCUUUUCUUUUUCUUUUUUUUUUUGAGAAAAAUCUGGGAACCAAACCAGGAGCAUAAUUUUGUUAGGAUACAUGGCUCCCAGAAUCAAGAGAGAAAUCAGCUACGAAUCAUUGUCUGUCACAAACUUUGGGCCCUAGAGCAUGCUGUCAAUCUGCACUUUGGCGUUGCCUUUUUAUCCUCUGCUGUGUGCUGAGGCAGAGGGAGGGGGACAGGCAGAAAGCCCAGGAAACACGUUUCCCAUACAUACAAGUAGGCUAAAGGAACUGUGAUGGUUCUUCAUGUCUCAGACAUGGUAGACCUAAGAACCAAAAUGUACUAAUAUCCAGAUUGGUUUGCUGGCAUUAGUCAAGCCUUUGCUUCCUAGAUGAAAACUACCUUUAUUAAUCAUAAAGACAAAGAAGCCAAGUCUUGAAUGGGCCGUGGCCCAGAAUUCCAGAGCAUGACUGGGAGCUGGCAGACGUCUAUGCAGCUGGAGAGAAGAAAGGCAGAUUAUCUUUUUGUGUGCCUAAACAUUUAACUUUUGAGGUUUUUUGUUUUGUUUUACAGUAAGUGCCAUUAAUGUAAAAUAGCAAACUGGAAGUUUAGAGUUAAAACUAAAGAUGCAGAGGGUAUAAUGGUUUGCAAGAUGAAAAGCCUGAAUGUAGGGUGGUGAGCCAGCAGGGAUGCAGCCAGUGUCGCAGCACUUUGAAGACUACUCAGUACACUGGGAAGAGAGGCUGGUUUACUCCAGGAAAUCAUUUGACACACAGGGAGUGUUUCAGAUGGCUUGUACAGUUGACUGAGAGAUGCAGCCGUCGGAUGUAUUGGAUUACAAAUUGGGAUUUGUGUCUGAAAAUACCUGUUCUUUUGCUCUUGGGUUUUUAUUGCAAAGAAAAUGUGUGUUCUUUCAAAACUGUUGUUUUUUAAAACAAUAAUAAUUUUAUGAAAUGACUGUAACCUAAUGUUCUGUUAAGUUCUGGUGAAUCUAUUAUUGUACUUGAGUGUAUUUUACAAGAAAGUUUUGCUAAAUGCACUGAGCUUUGAAGAAACUUCUCUGACCCCGGAUUUGUUUGCAAACAGCAGCAGUGAGCAGCAGGCAGCUCCCAGAAGCUGGCUGUUACCGUACCACUAAAACUGCGUUUCCCACCACGAAGCCUUACGGGCAGGACUCCUGUCCUGCUGCACACACAGUACCUCCGAGGCAUUCGCUGCAUGAGACGUGGCUAAAAGCUUGGGAGCCUGCAGUGCCAGUAGGUAACAGGAAGGUGGACAGACUCACUGAGGACAAGAUUCCAUAACUGUGUUAUAGAAGUAUGUGUUGUGUGUGGCCAGCUUCUCCGCUGUCUCAUGACUUGUGCCAAGCCGUGUACACCGUCUGCAGAAUGAGGAUGAACUCAGGACGGUCCUGUUUGUUUGCCUUUUUUAAUGGCAGUCCUCAAGAGGAAGUGGAAGGAGACAGUUCCUCUGCUUGGCUUGAUAUCGUGCUCUGCUGGAUGCUGAUGGAUAGAUAAUUGGAUGUUUAUACAUGGAGGACAUAAGCUUUUUGGGCUGUGUGCCCCCAUGUCCUGCCUUUCACAGGAGGUAAAGUGAAAUGUUUAGGGUUGUAUGUGUUUGUUUUUCCAAAGUCUUCUGCUGUUUUUUUUUUUUUACAGUUGUCCUGGGAUGGGUGAUGGUAGGAGACAGGAAUUCCUUACAAUAUUUUUUGAAAACAACACAGUAAAAGCAAGUUGUUUGACUCCUUUGGGGACUGGUUUGAUAAAACACUCCCUCGAGUAUCUGUGAGAUUGCUUUCUCCAGUCCUGGAAUUUGAAAGUAGCUCAUUCAUAUCUGUACACCUUCAUGGCCUUUAUCUUCCUCAUUUUCGUUUUUCUCACAGGGCGAAAGUGAAACAUUGCAGCAGUGCUUGGCUAAGGAUGCCUUCCUUAGGCUUAGCAAUUAAGCUCUUGGGAGGUGAUGAGUAGAAAUGUUUCAACUCUUAUUUGCACAGGAGUUUCCUAGGCUUUAUUACUACUGUUUGCAUCUAUAUAUAUAAUUUUUUUGUGCCAAAGGCUGUAAGAAGCACACGCCAAGUUUUGUAGCAUUUUCUGAAACUCAGGUUAACUGUCUUAUUUUUAAUCUUUUUUCUCUGCGCGUGCUUACGAGCUGCCUUCCCGUGGUUUCCCUCCCAACCCUUCCUCCUCUGCCGAAAGAGCUGAUGAACAAGACGGUAUUGCCAGUAUGACAAGUGAGGCUCAUGAGUGGAAACAAAACAAGAGUGGAGCAACAAGUGACUGACUUGUGGUCUUCAAGGCGGCCUGUCCUCGUUGAAGCCACGCAGCCUCUGCCUUCCCCAGUGGAACAGCAGCUUUGAGGCUCCCUCGGCCGUUCAGUGGUGGGGGAAAAGGGUUGACAGCACGUGGGCCUGGCGCUUAGCUCUAGACUGGAGAGGAGAGGUGGAUUGGAAAAGGCUGUGCUUUGGCAGACUUGGAAUGGACCUUAAUGUUCAGGUACAUGCAGAACAUGGAGAUGUGUUUGGGUUUUGUCCAUCUGCCCUGAGUUCAGGCUGCAGGGCGCUACAGGUGUUCCUUGUCAGGUUUUGCUUUUUGGGAGAGACAGGAAGUGGUUGCAUUACAGUACAGGAAGGAUGAAGAGAGGUUAUUCGCAGCAACUGAGAGAUGAGAUGAAAGCAAACUGUAAACUGAGUUACUCUAAAACUGGCCAGAUGCCUCUGGCUGCAUGUGAGUUCUGGCUGAUGAUAUUUGCUUUCUAAUGGCCUUAAUAAACUUGUUCUUUGUAUUCUAGUAAUGAAACAGGUUUUUGCCUAAAUGUAACUUUUUUUUUUGUUUCUAGAGGUAAAAUUAUUCAAUGCUUUCGUUUCAGAAGAGAUGAAUAUGCCUCGCCAAGGCAACUUUGCGUGGUGUAUAUUGUUUGUACGCAGCUAAACCCAGCUUUGGGAUUAAUUUCAGCAAAGUUCUGCUAUUGAACAGAGACGACGUGUGCUGUCAGGGAACGUGUUAUCGUUUUGCCCGUAUUUUGUGUGUGUGUGUGUGUGCUCAUGUGUGUGCUUUCCAUGCUUUCCUGGCAUGACCUUACCUGAAAUACAGGAACACCAUUCUGCACCAGACAUAAACUAUGUCUGUGAAGACAAGAGUGGCAAGAUAAGGAGCUGACGCUUCCCACCAAAAAUAUCAAUUGAUUUUUGCAGCUUUCCUUCCAGCCUGUUGAAUGGCUGAACCACAGGCUUUUUAGAAUCAGCUGCUGGAGAGAAAGAUUCAAAAGGUACUAAGAAGCCCUUAAUGGUUGUGCUUAUUGAAGGAGAAAUAAGUUAGUGGUGUUUCUCUGCAGACUCUGGAGCAGCCUUGAGAUGUGCGGAGCUGCUUUGGCUGACCUGCGUAAUGAGGGGCCCGGCACUACCAGCUUCGGAGGAAAUAACUUGUUCAUUGGUCUGGGUGCCCCAGUUAGUAAAACCAAGUACUGUGAAAAUAAGUUGAUAUAUUUGCUACUGUGAGAAUAAGAGUUUAUCCGGAGGUUUUUUUAUACUAUAUCGUGUAUUUUUAUAUAUGAAAAGUAUAUAUAAAAUAUACACAUGCUCGUACACAUCAUUUAUCUCUUGGAGUUGCCGUGUUUGUAGUAACACAGCAGCCACAGUCAGUUUUGUGUGACUUGAGGGGAGUGAAUACGAGUGAAAACUGCAAACGAAAAGUAGUGGGAAAGGUGGCUGCUGCGUUGCUGUUCUCUGUAGUGCUUGUUUUGAAAGGAAAAUCAAGGAAGUUGUGUGUAUAGCUAAACUUGUGACUAAGGCAUCACCUAAUAUUAAAGAGCAUAAAAACUAUUUUAAAAUUGCUGGCAUUCAGCUUUUAAGUGCACUUUCCUGAACUACACUUCCAUUUCUUGUUAGACUUCAAGUUUCUAAAGCUUUUUUGUGUACCACUAAACAGAGAACUUUAAUAUUUUUUUUUGUUUGUGAAACUGAUGUACAUCAGACGAUACUUGCUGUUGG